AUGGAGCUUCCUCAAUCAGAGGUUAAUUGGAGUGAAUGUGUUAUGCCGGAGCAUGCUCCGCACUAUGUUUAUAAUCUCAGCUAUUAUGAGUUCGGCGAAACGGACCCCCAGGAGAAGAUGGGCCUCCUGUGCGUGAUGAUCUACGUGGUGACUCUGAUCGCGUCUCUCGUUGGGAAUUGGGGUGUAGUUCUCACGGUGCUGCUGAAUCGCUCGAUGCGAACUACGGUGAAUUUCUACUUAUCGAAUCUAGCAUUCGCCGAUGCGCUCAUUGCAAUGUUCUGCAUGUGGACCUACCUGGUGAAACAUUUUAACGACUCCUACGUGCUAGGAGGCUUCAUGUGUCGUGUCGAAGGAUUUGUUCAGAUGACUGCCGUAACGAGCAGCGUUCUCACGCUCUCGGCGAUAGCUUGCGACAGAUUUGUCGCUACCCUGUUCCCGUUCCAUGUGAGAACGACGGAGCGGAGAACGAAUUUCGUUCUCGCUUCCAUUUGGAUGCUCUCAGCGGCGGCAGCGUCUCCGCUCCUUAUCUACACGACACCGAUCGUCGUUCAGUGGACUGAUGCAGCUCGGACGUAUUGUGGGGACUCAUGGCCUCAGGAAAGUGUUUGGAGCCCGGACCUCAAUCGAUGCGUUGUCUCGUCGCCUCAUAAAACUCUCUACUACAUCGGUGUGACCGUCACGCUGUUUUUCGUGCCGGUUCUGAUUAUGACGAUUUCCUAUUCAAUGAUAGUAUAUUUCCUCUGGAGGGGUCGACCAGACAUCACGCUGAACUCGAAUGGCAACUCGACAGCGGCCACGAUUCAUUAUCGGGCUCGGAAACGGGUGGUGAAAAUGGCUUGCGUCGUUCUUGGAGCCUUCAUCAUCUGCUGGUGCCCUUUCCAAGUGAUGGUUCUAUUCACUAGGCUCCGCGAGGGAAACAUGCCGCUCCCGGACUGGUUUCCCACGUUUUCAUUUUGGUGUACAUACCUCGCAUACGCCAACAGUGCCAUCAACCCGUUGAUUUAUGGUGGCAUGAGCCACAAUUUUAGGCAGGCUUUUGUGAAAAUCCUACGAUGCGGCCGAGUCGACCACAGUCGGAAGCAAAAAUUGCCAAAUGAAGACGGCGUGGCGUUGCGCGCGAACAGAGCUCAUGUAAAUGAGAUGGACAGAGCGAAGCACGCUUCAAUCAAAACAAAAAAUGCGAGCAUCUGCGAUAAGUACAAAAUAGCUUGCUGGGCCCGCCACACGGUCACGACGCACAGUGCGGUGAACUCUAGCCCGCCCUGCCGUUGCUCACGGGCAAACCAUAUCACCAGGAACGGAGAGGCUUAUCAGGGUACAGACGUCUGA